CAUUGGAACAUGGUGACCCAACCUGUUCAAAGCCCAUAUAAACUUCAAUCAAUGUUAAUGUUUCUGUUACCUUGGUAGUGUCGAGGAAGAAAUGGCUCCUAUGGCUAACCUUGUUGUUGGAGUAGCUUCUGUUCCUCUACCUUCACCACCCACAACAAACUCAAGUGCUUCCCCUUUCAACUCCAAGACCCAAACACAAACACUUCAUCUCCAUUGCUCUCAAACCAACCACAGAAAAACCCCAUUCCCUUCUUCCCUCUCAUCACCACUCAGAAUCCAAGGUAGUUGUUACCUGUUAGCAUGUCUUCCUCCUUCUUCUGAAUCCUCAAGCUCAUCUCCCAGUGCUAAACCCUCUUCUUCUUCUGCUCCUUCAACUAGGCUCUACGUCAGUGGGCUUUCAUUUCGUACCACUGAAGAGAGCUUGCGAAAUUGUUUCAAGAAUUUCGGUCAACUUGUUGAUGUCAAUCUGGUGAUGGAUAAACUUGCAAAUAGACCAAGAGGGUUUGCUUUUCUUCGGUAUGCAACGGAAGAAGAAUCUCAGAAGGCUAUUGAGGGAAUGCAUGGAAAGUUCUUGGAUGGUAGAGUCAUAUUUGUGGAAGUUGCCAAACCGAGAUCAGAGCUACGGCAAAGAUUCCAGCAAAACACUAUGCAGAGAUGAAGUUCCUAAGAGUUACAAUGCCCAUAUGUUCAUCUUGGGGUGAUGUAUACAGAGUCAACAUUUAGCAUUGAGCUAACCAUAUAUACAUUGUACUUUCAUCUGGCUUCCUUCUUCAUCUUAUCUCUCUAGUUCUACUCCCAACCAAAGGCUUCAGCAAUUGUACUCAUUGUUUUUACUUUUCGCAUACAAUUUUGACUAUUAAGUUUAAACUUUUGACCUGAUUUAUAACAUGUUUGAGACAGUUCUUCU